AUGGAUGGAAUUGUGCGACAUCCGACAGACUCUCCGUCAUGGAGGUUGAUUGAUCAUAUUUGGCCAAAUUUUGGUUCGAAACCAAGGAAUCUUUGCUUAGGUUUAUCAACUGAUGGGGUGAAUCCAUAUGAUGAAAGAAGUAGUACAUACAGUUGUUGGCUUGUAAUAACAACCAUAUAUAACCUUCCACCAUGGCUAUGCAUGAGGAGGAAAUUUCUAAUGCUUACCAUGUUGAUCUCAGGCCCGAAUCAACCCGGCUAUGAUAUUAAUACAUAUUUAGCCCCUCUGGUUGAUGACCUAAAACUCAUGUGGGAAUAUGGAGUGGAAUGUUUUGAUGCAUAUAGACAAGAAAAUUUUAUACUAAAGGCUGUUUUAAUGUGGACCCUCAAUGAUUUUCCUGCAUAUGGUAAUUUGUGCGGCUGUAGUGUUAAGGGUUAUAAAGCUUGUCCGAUAUGUGGGGAGAACACCACUUCAAUUAGAUUGGCACACGGGAAAAAGAAUGCAUAUAUGGGCCACAUAAGAUUUUUGCCAAGACAUCAUCCGUACAGAAAACAAAAAAAGACAUUCGAUGGUAAGAAAGAGUUUAGAGUUGCUCCAACRCCAUUAUCAGGGGAGGAUAUUUUUGGAAUAUUGAAUGAGAUUGGCUUCCCAAACAAGUAUUGGAAGAGAAGAUCUAUAUUUUUUUAUCUCCUCUAUUGGAAAAAAUUGCACGUUAGACAUUGUCUAGAUGUAAUGCAUAUCGAGAAGAAUGUGUGCAUGAACAUUGUCGGAACAUUACUUGAUAUAUCAAGAAAAAAUAAGGAUAUAAUAAAUGCUAGGCUUGAUCUUAUUGACAUGAAUAUUAGACCAGAACUGGCACCCCAAUUCCGAGGAAAAAGAACGUACUUACCUCCAGCACGUUACACAUUGUCUAAGGAGAAGAAACAAUGUUUCUAUACGACUUUAUCUAAAAUCAAGGUACCAGAAGGGUAUUCUUUAAACAUCAGUACUCUUGUAUCAGUAGAUGAUGUCAAACUUAAGGGCCUUAAGUCGCAUGACUGUCACGUUCUCAUGCAACAACUUCUUCCAGUUGUUCUGCGUUCAGUGCUCCCUAAGGAUGUGUGCUAUGCCAUAACAAGAUUUUGUUUCUUCUUUAAUAGAGUAUGCUCGAAGGAGUUGAAUGUGUCCGAACUAGAUCAACUGCAAGAUGAUGUUGUCGUAACCUUAUGUCAACUAGAGAAGUACUUCCCACCGUUUUUCUUCAUAGUAAUGGUGCAUCUUAUUAUUCAUAUUGUUAGAGAAAUUAAACUGUGUGGGCCUAUAUACCUACGAUGGAUGUAUCCAUUCGAACGAUAUAUGAAAGUGUUGAAAGGCUACGUCCAUAAUAGAACUCAACCUAAAGGUAGUAUUGCACAAGCGUACAUAGUUGAGGAAGCUGUGGAAUUCUGUACCGAGUUCUUAUCUAGACUAGCACCAGUUGGGCUAGGCUCCCUUUAA